AGUCCACAAAAAACUGUUCUCGCGUUCGCUUGGGUUUCUUUCAUGUUCCUCUCAAUGCCUCAUAAAUUCUCAUUGCUUUUGCAUAUGCCAUUUUCCAGCUAAAGAAGUUAUGGUAGAACUUGCCAAAACUACGCUUUAAACUGAUGGAUUUGAUAAUAAACUUUCAAAGUGAAUUGUUCCCAUAAGCUUAAAGAAUUUGCGGGCAGUUUCUUGCAGACAUUCUGAACAUGAAGUAUUUGUUUUAACAUGUCUUAUUUUAAAAACCCUGUUAAGAUGGCUAGUUUCUGGCAGUUGGGAUAAAACCUUCCUUUAAAAUUACAAGCGGCAUCACCGGGAAGCAGUACAGAACUGGCAGGCCUAUGUCUUGGUGUAAGUGUUGUGAGACAGCAGAGAAACCUCAGCUAGUAGAUCAGCUGGUAAGUGAAGCAAGAACUGACUUAUCUUUUGCUUUUCAAGUAUAAACAAGAUAUUUAUUUAACAGUUGGUGAUCUCAUGCCAGGUAUGGUGUUUCAGCUUGUCUUUUUAGGUUUAUCUUUGACUUCCUUUUCCUGAUGUUUAGUGAUUUCUCCUGCAAAGUUAAUAGCCUUUUAUUCUCAGUCUUCUUUGUGAAGAUUAAAUGUUCUGUAGUAAGGGGUGAGAGGUUUGACUGGUGGGUUUUUUUUUUCAGCAGUAGUUGAGGCUCAGAAUUAUUCUGAUUUCAGCAUCUGUUACUGAAUUUCAGCACAGCUUGCAGUGAGACUUCUCUCUUGGAAAAAUGAACCCUAUAUGCUUUAGAAUGAACUCAUUCUUUUCUUUUACUUUAUUUGGACCUAUUUAAUAAUGGGAAAGUAUGUUCUUGUGUAAUUAAUUUAGCUGCGUUUAACAAAUUUAUGUUAAGAUAAAGUUCUUCAAUGGCACUUUGCUCUCACAGGUUAUGAUGACAUGAGAGACUAUGCAUUUCAUGUCUUUCAUAUCUUUUAGUUUUGUAAUUUAAGACAUUUGUUUGUAAUAGCUUUAAGAUGUUUUGAGUCAGAAAAUGCAGUGUGAAAGUAAUCUUUUUCUUUUGAUUUCCUAUUUUGUUUUCUCAAUUUAAACAAGUAUUGUUACACUUGAGAUGCAAAAUUAAAACACUGAAAUAUGAGCAGUGAAGGGAAAAUCUUUAACCAGAGUAACCUUAUGGUCUGAGGGUCUGAGUCUUGGAGGAGUUGGUGUUGGUCUUCAGAGGGCCAGAAGUUCUCCCAGUGUUUGGAGGAGGACCACUCACAGCAUGGGAAGCUCUGCGACAGCUUCCUUGCUUAGUAACUGUCAGGGUAUCUCCAGACACUUGUCACACACACAUGGUAUGUAUGGUCACGUUUUCUUUGUUAUUAAGAUGUUGCACAAUAUAGUGAAAGUAAGUUAAAACACCACAAAUAUCUUGGGUGUAGAUAUUAAUCAAAACACUGCAAUCCUGUUCUUAAUAUUCUGAUAGUUUUGCCUUGUUUUCCUUUCUAUAACGUGGCUGUUCAGUACACAGUCACGCAGCAGAAUAAAAAUGCUUAGUAGCUUUGUCCUGUAGAGAUAAUAGUCUAGGUAGAAAAUAUGUGCAGUUGCCCUUGCUCUGUUUGAAGGUAAACGUGAAGUAUUUUAUGUAUCUGGUGCUUAUCCUCAGAAACCCCCUUAAACAUGCUGUGCAGAGCAUCCCUGAGGGAUGGUACCUCCACCCCUACUUCUUGGGCUUCUUUGUAUUUUAUGACCUUGAGAGCCUGUCUGUGUGGUGCAAACUGCUUGCACAUCUCAUGCAAAGAAAUCUUUGAAUCCAAUAGUUGUUUAAACUCCCUGAAAUUAUUUGAGAUUUCAUCCAGGGAGACAAGUGUGGCCGGUUUAGUGUCCUGCUGUUUUAUUCCUGGGUUUAUUGUCCUUCCUCCAUCCCUGUCCUGCUGCAGGGGUGGUGGUGUGUAAGUCAAUUCUUAGUGGUAUAACAAGUAGUACUUGGCCUUGGAGAAUAACUGAACUAUCUGUUCUGUCAGGGUGGCACUGGAUAUGUUGCAUCGUAGGAGAAAAGACAUGGUGCAAAAGCAUGGUUUAGUCGGGAGCUUUCAGCAGAAAUUUGGCAGAGAUUCAUCUCGCAGAAGCCACAGCCCCCUUGACUGGGUGGCCCCAGGUACAGUCAGUUCCAACCCUGCUGCCAGGAGCUCAGCGUGGGGAGGUGGGAGGUACCAGGCCACACCAGCCUGGCCCAGUUUGUUGUUCCCAUAUAUCCCGUUGAACUCUCUUCAUCUCAGGUUGAGAAGGUGAGUCCUCUGCUGCCUGCUGUAGGAGUCUCUCGCCUUCAGAGCUCCCCGAGCAGGACCUUUCCCCUUCCCUCUGGCUGAAGGCUGGGUAGGCACCUGAAGCUGUAGGGCGGUCCCUACAGGACCUACAGGAGACACAUGUGGCAGAGGCAGGUAAAGUGCUUGGGUGACCCCACGGAUGCCACAAGAACUCAGCAGCUCUCUUCUCUGCCCUCUACUUUCUUCCCUCCCUCCAUGUGCAGCCUGAACCCCCUGAGUGUUCCCACGCUGCUGCACGUAGGGCUUUUCUGUGGAGAUCCUGAGAGCCUGGCUGCGAGGGGGAAGAAAGGUACUCACUGUGUGAGGUUAUCAGCAAGACUUCUGAUUAUGAGGUUAGUUUUCUGGUUAUCAGGCUUCAGAUAAGGCACUGGCUGCAUCAAGGAGGUGGGCGAUAAAGUGUCUAGGAUUUCUUGACAUGUAAGAGCAUGUGUUUUGGGAGCAAGAGCAGGGGCAAUCUGCAAGCUCCCCAUAACCCGAGAGUCCAGCAAGAGAUGUCUUGGAGAUCUGCUCAUGGCAUGUGCUGCCAUGGUGCAAGGAAAACUCUGCAGGGAGAUGCUGGGUGGAAGCUGCAGUGCCACAGGCUGAUUUAGGGUUGCCUGAAAGCUCCAGGGAACUUCUGCAAAUGGACUGGUUUCAGUGACAAAGGAAAUACUUCAUCUCCCAGAUUCUUAUCAAGGAGGGCUAUUUCACUGCAGAUCCUUUAUGCACAUGUUAAUUGUCUGCUGCAGUUAGUCAGGAUAGAAGAGAACUUCUCUUAGCAUUUAAUCUCCUUAUAUAUUAAUUUGGUAUGCCUUAAUUAAAGUACGCUCUGUGAUCAAAGUGAAUGAGUUGGAAUAAAAAAGUCAGGAUUGACACUGAUAGCAUGAUUUAAACCAUGCAGAGUAAUCAAACCUUACUGCAAAAUUAACAGGGCAAUGGCAGAAACAAACACAAGAAAGUUCAUUGUCCAGGAAACCAAAUACGUCUGAAUGAGAGAGGUGUAGUGCGGCGCUCCCAGAGUAGUUGAAAAGGUCUUCGGUGUAUGCAAGAAAAGGAUGGGGACUAGCUUCCUAAAGCCCAGUGUUUCAAUGUGUUGUCAUGCAUCAGUUUGAGUCGCUCCUGUUACAAGGCUGGAGUUAUGUAUUUGCAUUAGGCUGAGAUAUUGCUAGAGGCUGUUGACAGGUGUUCUUGUAAAAGGGUACCUUGCAGAUAGGUGAGAUUAAGCAGUCUGAGAAAGGUGUUUCUAAUUAUCAAAUGUUCAAAUCUGUAAUUCAAUCCAUGGCAGAGUACAACAACAGGAAAAAAAAAAAAAAGCACAGAUCCGAAUUCAGCAAGGAAAAGAAAUGGGGGAAGUAAGCAAGGUGCAGUUAAGCCCUUGAAAUGAAGGAAAGGGAGCGCUCCUCCCCCCUGCCUGCAGCACCCAGCACUGAUGCUGAAGGCCAGGCCAAGUGCAGGGCAGGGCAGAGCUGCAGUGGUCGUGCAGGCAACUCCAUGAGCUAGGGAAGACUUAAGGACUGGUUGGAGUUUCUUUUUUCAAUCUCCGUGUUUCUUUUCUAUUUUAUCUGAGUUUAAAAGUUUGGUUUUUUUUGUUUCUUUGUUAUAGCAAAAUUGCAUUUCAGUCGUAUUUAGUUGGAAUGUGGCUUAGUUAGUAAAGUGCUGCUAGGAAGGAAAAAGUAAAAGAGCCCCCCCAUUUACUAAAUCGGGGGGAAAGCAAUCCCUGGCUGCACGCACACCCCUGGUGGACUUGUAUUUGCAUAAAGUGCGUCUCUAGCCUGGAAAAAGAUCUAAAUUAAAAGCUUGGGAGCAAGCACUAGCAGAUCAUUCUGAUGUCAGUCUGCACUUGGUAGCUUAGACCAGCUCUGACUUACAGCAGUGGAAGUUUGGGGCGAAUGCUGCCUUUUGACUGCUCUCUUUAUUUUCUUUUUCAAUCCAAAUAUCGCCUGAAUCUAAUAAACACUAGAAGAAAUGCUCAGACUUCUGAGGAUAUGCUUCUUAUUGAUAUUAAUGAAUCCCGCUGAGAUUACUCGCAGUCAGAACUCUGAAGAUCUGCCUCCAUUAUUGCACAAAGCUGUGGAGGAAGUAAUAACUGGGAAAUACCUAAAUGCUCUCCUCGAUGUUCUUCAUUUUCAGAGUUCUAAUGACUGGACAGCAGAUAUGGUUACAAAAGUCAUGGCAUAUUUCCAUGCCCGAGAGGUUAAGUUUACUCCUAGCAGCCUACAGAUGUCCAUACAGAGUUACUUGAAGAAACUUUUAUACCAGCCCAAGCAGCUGCUGUCUGCGUUUCAACAACUUGAUCAACAGCAGUUCCAGACUGCAAUGAAGUAUCUCUUCGACAGCAGAAAGGACUAUCUUGAAAUGGGAAAUGUUAUUCUUGACUGGGACAAGACUCGGGAGAGAAUUUUCCAAAUUCCAGGAGUGAACAGAACCUUGUUUCUUAUAACACUGGAGAAAUGCUUUCUGGCUCUGAGGGCAAUGGACUGUGUAGAUAUCCUCAGCCAGAUUUUGCGCAUGUCAGCGGUGAACUAUCUCCAACCUGAUGUCGUUGGGAGUCUCCCAAAUGAUCUGCAGGAGGAUGCUUUCAGGAACUUAUCAGCAGUAUUUAAAGACCUCUAUGACAAAACCUCAGCAAACACACAGAAAGCUCUGUAUGGCUGGAUGAAGGAGAUUCUACAAAAACCCUAUAACAGAAGUGAUUUCAAUGAAUCAGCUUCAUGGGUCAGUGCAGAAAACUUAUGGAUCUUGGGAAGAUACAUGGUCCAUCUGCCUUUAGAAGAAAUUCUGAAAAUCAGUCUCAGUGAAAUAAGACUAUUCAUUAGCUACGACAAUGCAACAAAGCAGUUGGAUACAGUGUAUGAUAUCACACCAGAGCUUGCACAAGCCUUCCUGGAAAGAAUAAACUCAUCGGGAUUUGAUGUGAGAAACACUUCAACUGUCUACAGGCUGGGUUUGUUGGUUUGCUUUUAUGAUGACAUGGAACAGCUGGAUGCCGCUGUGGCCCAGGCUUUACUUCAUCAAAUGAUUAAAUGCAAUCAAUUGAAAGGUUUCCAGGCCAAGGUUCAGAAGCUUAAAUCUCAGCUCCUGAAUAUUGCCAUGCAGAAUCAGACACUGAAUGAUAUCCUUGGAUCGCUGUCAGAUGCUGUGGUUGGGCUGACUUCAAGCCAGCUGGAAUCUUUGUCACCUGAAGCAGUGCAUAAUGCUAUUGCAACACUAAACCAAGUCUCUGGGUGGGCAAAAAGCCAAGUUAUGAUUUUAUCCAGUAAAUACCUCUCUUACGAAAAGGUUUUAUCAUUUUAUAAUGUUAGCCAAAUGGGCGCGUUGGUGGCUGGUAUUAGCACUGAGUCAUUCUACAGAAUGAACCCAAAAGAGCUUUCUCAGCUCAUUCGAGGCACAACAUCCCAGUUCUCAUCGGACUUAUCUCCUGCACAACAACAGGGGAUCCUCAGGAAGAUAGCUUCAUCUACAGAUUUUUCUUCACUGGUCACAGAUGUACAAGGAGCUUUCUUUAGAGAAAUAUCUCUUUCUGAUUUAUGGAAAGAGAAUGGAUAUAAUUCUUCAGUGAUGAAAGACAAAGAACUAAGAAGCAGCCAGGCUUUGUAUCUGUAUGAAUUAUUGUCUAAGAAAAGUUCUUCUGUUGAACUCCUAAGUACAGGACAGCUUCUGAAAGGAGUGACUUGCCAGCUGAUCGAAAGUAUGAGCACAGACUCUUUUUUAAACCAUUUCAAAGUCUUUGAAAAUAAUCUUCAUCUGCUUUCUCCGUAUCAGCUUAAUUGUUUGGCUUGGAAGUUUUGGAAAGUCUCCAAUGCAUCUAUUCCUCCCUUCUUCUUCCUGGCGCUCCCGAUUGAGUACCUGGAGUACAUUUCAGGCCCUCUGUGUGUCCCUUUCAUUGGAAGCCUUGGGAAGACUGAGAUGGACCUCUUGUCUCCAAGCUUUCGCAAAAAAGAAAUUGUGCUGCAGAAAGUGCAGGAAUGCUUGAAUGGCUCCAUUGCUGAUGAAUAUGAUGUUGACCUACUUGGAAAUCUAAUCUGCCACUUACCUCCAGCUUUUCUACAUGGCAGAAUGUCCCUAAAGGCAAUGGCAGCAGCCCUUCAUCAAUUCAAACUCUGCCGACAGCUUAGCCAUGAGCAGAAGACUGAAAUUAAAUACAAACUCCUUGAGUUAUAUGGUUCUCCAAAGAACUGGACAGCUGAAACAACGUUAGAUGUUGGACCUUUCAUAGCUCAGUUGUCAAAAGGAGAAUUAAAUGUCCUUGCUGAAAAGUUUCCAGAUAUCAUUUUGCAAAUAGCAAAGACAAUUGAACCAGUUUCUUCAGCUGAAGAGCUUCUAUUAACUGUAUUUGAAUCUGUCUCCAAUGCCACUGCCAACAGGGAGCCACAUCUCACCACACCAGAUUGCCUGGCAACCAGAGCCCCUUCUUCAGAUGAAAUUAUUAAGUUAGCAGAAGCAAAUGUCUAUUGGUCAGCUCAGGAGCUGAAAUGCAUGGAUGCAGCGACUUUUGACAAGAAUGUGGAACUUCUUGGGACUGUCUCCAGCUUCAACGACUCCCAACUUAUGGCCUUGAAGGAAAAAGCCAAGCAGGUUUGGGGGUCGCUGCUAGGCUGGAAGAGCUAUCAUAUUGUUUCUCUGGGGCGCACUGCACUGGCACUCACUGAAAAUGAAAUUGAAGAGCUGGAUUUACAUUCAAUUGACACCAUUUCUGUCCUGAGUCAACAAGCAGAAUGGACUCUUACCCAGGCAAGAUCUAUUUUGCAAAGUUUUCUAGAAGAUUCUGGGCAAACAAUGAGUACAUUAAAAAGCUUUGAUUUAGUUGGAUUGGGAGCUAUUCUCUGCGCUCUGAACUCCACAGAAAUCAUGUCCAUAAGGACUGCUGAAUUCAGUGCUGCUGUUGCAAGAAUUGGCCUCCUGCUGUGUAGCACCCCUGUUCUGAGGCAGUUUAAGAAGAUAACGGAGUCUGUGUUUGGAACUGCGAGCAGCUGGAAUGGCUCUGUGUUACAGGAAAUUGGUACUAUAGCAGGUGGUUUGAAUGAGGAUGAAUUAAAAGCUUUUGAUAAAAACCUGAUGCCAUAUUUCCAGCCAACAGCAAUAAGAAGUAUACCUGCUGAAAUUUUCCAAGCAUUGUCACCAGAACAAAUAGCAAACCUGGGCCCUGAAAAUGCUGCUAUGGUUACAGGAUCGCAGCGUGAGCGUCUGACUGCAUCGCAGCUCCAGAGCCUUCAGCUGGCACUGGAUGGAGCCAGGACCAGCACCCCAGAGGCACCCACCACAGCUUGCAUACCACUGUCUAGGCGACCCCCAGCUCCAGGUGGUGCUCCCUGUCUGAGUGGCUUCAGCAUCUGGUUGUGUGCUUUGUUCACACUUGCAUGUGCCUUUCUGAAUCUAUGACUGUUAAGCUUAUGUGUUCUGUAGCUUGCAAAAAGGAGGUGCUGAAGAGCUGCAGCUUAGCACAAAUAGCAGAAUGAAGAGGUACUCAGAUGCCUGAGUGCAACCUGGUUAAUUUCUUAAAAACAACAUCUUCAUCUGGCAUCAUGAUGUGAAGUAUCUCCUUUCCUUUCCUUUCCUUUACCAUUAACAAGUAAGAUGGGAUCCCUCCAAGUACUUCAGAACAAAUUUUAAAAUUGGAAAUGCCUUAUGUGUAUCAUGAGAAAGUUACUGAAAGAUAAAGCUUAUGUGUGAGAGAGAAGCCUGAAUGACACAGGGGACAGGCAAUUGAUGUAUUUUAUCCCGGUCCUUUUUAUUCUGGCUUAUUUGGUCAUGCUAUUUUAAUCCAUCUGUUGUAUUUUCUUCUUAUGCUUUAUAGCCCCAGGACAGGGGCUAUCUUUCUGUGUGACAUACUAGAAGCCACACUAAGUUACUGCUGUUGCAAUAAAAUUAUUUCAUCUCUGGGACACUAGUUUAAAUCCUGCUCAGCUAAGAAGUGGUUGUGUGAUCUUAUUUAAGCAUUUUUAAUAAAUGUAGUUCCCCAUGGCUGCAUGAAUAGAACACAGAAUUGUUACCACAGAGGGCAGUGCAAUACUGUUAGCAUUUGAUGUGACAAAAUGCACCAUGGAAAGCUUAUUAUUUUCAUCAUGAGUUGACCUUCCGCUUUGGUCAGAUUUGAAGGAUACAGCUAGAAACUGUAGGAGAAAACUGUUCACUGGGACUAUGUACCACUAGGAGUGUCAAUCCAGCACUUUCCACAGGGUCUAUAAUAAUUAGUUUCUCAUAACUAUAAACCACAUAUAGUUUGUGUGUCUAAUGCUUUUCCUGUCAGACCUCAGUAUUUUAAAAUGUGGAAAAACAAGUAAAUUAAAAAUUCUCUGAAUGUGAA